AUGGCCCGUCAAAGCUUUGAUCUCAGUGUCUACUUGGUUACCAAUGCUGAGAUGGUUCCCGAGGGAAUCGAUUUUGUCACUCAGGUGGAAAGAGCCAUCGAAGGUGGGGUCACCAUAGUCCAGCUUCGUGAAAAGAACCUGGAAACCAGAGAGUUUAUAGAAAGGGCUAGACAAGUGCAUAAGCUCACAAAAAAGGCAGGAAUCCCACUCAUCAUCAACGACAGAGUGGACGUUGCACUUGCUAUAGACUGUGAAGGAGUCCAUGUUGGCCAGGAUGAUAUGCCCGUUCCGCUUGUACGCAAGCUGAUUGGGCCAGAUAAGAUCAUUGGAGUGAGCACUGGAUACGUUGACGAGGUAAAACAAGCCGCUUUGGACGAGGCAGAUUAUAUAGGUAUUGGGGCCGUUUUUGCCACCCAGACCAAGAAAUUGAAGAAGAUUCCGUUUGGUACUGAGGGUAUCAGGAGACUUUUGGGCGCUCUCAAAGAGAGUAAUGCCUUACACAUGAAGACGUGUGUGAUUGGAGGGAUCAAUGGCUCUAACAUACAACGAGUGAAUCUUUUGGGCAGAAUUGAAGGCAAGAAGGUGGACGGUUUUGCGGUCGUCUCGUGUAUCAUGGCUAACAAUGAUGCCAAAACUGCGACUCUUGCGCUGAAACAGAAAAUCGACACGUUGCCAUCCUGGGCCACUCCAAAAAGCACUCGGUUGUCAGGAGAUGAGAUUGACGCAUCAAUUGGUGAGAAAACUCCGAUGGUGCACCAUAUAACCAAUGACGUGGUGAAGAACUUCAGUGCAAACGUCACUCUUGCAGUAGGUGGCUCGCCCAUAAUGAGCGAGUGCCGUGAAGAAUUUGGCGAGUUUGCGAGCAUACCGAAUUCUGCGUUGGUAUUGAAUACAGGAACGCUUACGGAUGCCAAGAUGGACAUAUAUAUAGCUGCAAUUGAGGCAUACAACAAAGUGGGCACUCCAAUAGUAUACGAUCCCGUCGGGGCUGGGGCCUCCGAGUUCAGGAGACAUGCUGUUCGCCAGCUAUUGAACUCGGGCUACUUCAGUGUUAUCAAGGGCAACGAAGGCGAGAUCAGUGCUGUUGCUGGGUUAACAAAGCAAAUGAAGGGUGUGGAUAACGUGGGUUCCUCGUCCAUCGACGACAUCGUUGAGAUGGCUAAAAAAGUGGCUUAUGAUAACAAGUGCGUUGUGGUGGUUACUGGCGUUGCAGAUGUGGUAGCUGGGUGUGUCUUUUCUGGUGAAGACGAGCCCGACUUGGAGUAUAAAAUUAUUCAAGGAGGCCAUCCAAUGAUGGGUCAAAUUACCGGAACGGGUUGCUCGCUCGGAAGUGCAAUUGCAGUUUCUGUUGCUGCCAACCCUGAAUCCCCUUUCUAUGCAACUGUACGGGCAGUUGAGAAAUAUAAAGAGGCGGGAAAGGUUGCGGGGACUCUGGCUUCCGGGACAAAGGGUCCUGGAACGUUUGUGACAUCGUUUCUUGACGCUUUAGCAACGCGAGGUCAAUAG